AUGUCGACUACUCCUCCUACUGAUGAGCAAUUGCACCAUGGUAGUCGCGCUCACCAGUUGAUCCUUGUCACCGUUAUUGCCCUUGUGCUCCCCACUAUCUUUGUGAUUCUGCGCCUACUCGCCAGACAUGUCCUGCGCAUUCGCCUUUACUUUGAUGACUGGCUCAUAAUCAUUGCUUGGUUCUUCAAGGUUGGCCUCGACAUCAGCGGCGCUUUGCUCAUCAAACAUGGCAUUGGUCGCCCUAUCCAGGAAGUCAGCCUGCCCGAUCUCAUCGAGAUCUUCAAGAUUCAGUACACGGGCGUCAUUCAGUACCCUCUCUGUGUCCUCUUCACCAAGCUUUCGAUUCUCUACCAGUACCGUCGCCUCUUUCCAAACCACGAUUUCAAACUCGUGACCAGUGUCCUCAUCGCCAUCACGAUCAUGUGGUGCACUGCUGUCAUGAUGACCGGCAUCUUCAUGUGUACGCCCAUCAGCAAGGCGUGGUCACCCAUGAUGAAGGAUGGCAGGUGUAUCGCUCUGGUGCCUUACUACUACGGCAUGCAGAUUCCCAACGUCGUCACUGAUCUAAUCAUUCUACUGAUGCCUUUCAACGAGAUCCGCAGACUCGAGUUGUCUUGGAAGCGGAAGUUGGGUGUCGGAUUUGCUUCCUUCCUAUGGGUUAUCUCUUUGGUCUGCGGUGUUGUUCGCCUGGCAGUCAUGGUUCAAUUCGGUGCCAAGGGCAAGGACAUCACCUGGAACCUCAUCCCCCCAGCCAUCUGGACCACCAUCGAACCCGCCGUCCAGAUAUCCACCGCCUGCCUCCCCGCUCUCCGCGUCCUGUAUCGCAAGUACAUGGACCACCGCCGCGAAAAGGCCAAGUAUGCCGCUCACGACCGCCUCCGUGCCUUGGAGCUCACUUCGCCCGCUGAUGGAACCUCUGGCGAUGGCAAUGCUACCACCACUACUUCGGAUUCGCUGUAUGGUAGCACCACGCAGGGAAGCUGGACUACCAAGGAUCAUAGUCAGCGUGAGGGUGUUGUGGAGCGGGAUGUUUAUGUUUAG